AUGGCACACAAAGUUAUAAAAAAGGUGGUGGCCUUAGAGCUGGCGCUGGACCUGAUUCAGAUGUUUGCGAAUUACUUUCGUCGGCUGUGCUUCUACUACUACAGGAAGAUGCAGGUCAAUGACCAAUCAGAGUGUUGGAGUCUUCAUAAGCUCUGCUCUCAUUGGUUAAUCGCCUUUAGUUCUACAGAAAUUAAUCUUAGGCCAGUUGGUCGCGAAAAGAUUGUGAUGGACACAAUAACGCCUUACCUAGUACAAGGUGGCCAUGUUAUUGGCGGAACAGCUCCGAUGCCUCCGCUUCAGUCUACGGCGUCAGCAACCAGUGGGUAUGGUUACGGAUCCUGGAGCACGGUGUAUGCACCGACGAAUCAACACACACUGACGGGGCCAUCGAAUAUUGAGAACUCACAAAAUGGAAUGUCCCGAGCCGAUACUACACCGUUAACUCCGAGCGUUUUUUCGUCGUCGCCACCAUAUUAUCAAAAUCCAAUGCUCAAUAUGACUAACAGCAUGGCGGCGUUGUCAUUUGGUGGGCCCCAGCCUCAACCGGGAUCCAAUACGAAUCGAUCCGACCAAUAUUCAGGAAUGAGCACGUCUUCUGGAUUUCCAACGCUUGCACAGCCACCCCAGUUGAUGUAUAUGCAAUUCAAUCAACCUCCUGCACAGGGCGCUGCUCCAUCGCUGGGGAGCAGUGCUAUGCCAACAAUGCCAGGUGCUCAUCUUGGUCCUGGCUUAGGCGUUCAAAACUUUGGCAGUUCGCGAGUUCCACUGUUCGGUGCUCCUGCUCCCUCACCGAACUCUGCACAUUUUGGGGGUGCUCACAACAGAAGGCGAACUGAGGACAAUAACGGAAGACAACCCAGUCGUAGCCACCUGCUAGACGAUUUCCGUAACAACCGUACUCCUCAACUACAGAUCACGGACAUCUUAUCACAUGUUGUCGAAUUUGCCAAAGAUCAGCAUGGAUCCAGGUUUAUCCAGCAAAAACUUGAGCGUGCAUCUGCGAAAGAAAAACAAUUGCUAUUUGAAGAAGUUCUCGCUAAUGCUCACGCCCUGAUGGUGGAUAAGUUUUUCGAGUUUGGCACUCCUGAACAGAAAGUUGCCCUCGGAAGAGCAUUAAAGGGUGAUGUGAUGAAUCUUGCGCUGCAAAUGUAUGGCUGUCGUGUAAUCCAGAAAGCGCUGGAGUCUAUUGAUGAAACGAUUCAUGCACUCGCUCAAUCACCUGGCAAUUUUCAGAUAAUGCAACUUUCGAUGCAUCCUUAUGGCUGCAGGGUGAUUCAAAGAGUUUUGGAACAUUGCACAGAAGAGCAGAAAAGACCUGUUUUGGAGGCUUUGCAUUCCAAUGUGCGUACACUUGUUCUGGAUCAGUACGGAAAUUAUGUGAUACAGCAUGUGAUUGAGCACGGAAGCGAACAGGAUAGAGAUAGAAUUGUUCAAGAGAUUGCUGGGAAUGUGCUGAAGUACGCUCAGCACAAAUUUGCUUCAAAUGUUAUUGAGAAAUGCCUGAUUUGUGCUGGACCACAGCACAAAACCCUUCUCAUUAAUGAAGUUUGCGGUGAUCCGGAUGACCCAUCUCCUCCAAUUUUGCUGAUGAUGAAAGACCAGUUUGCAAAUUAUGUCGUCCAAAAAAUGUUGGAUACAGCAGAUCCAGUCUAUCGCAAAAAAAUGAUGUACGCGAUCAAACCGCAUAUACCUACGCUUCGGAAAUUUAGCUACGGCAAGCACAUCAUAAGUGAGUUCGUUAAACCACACUUCUGUUUACAAUUUUUUUUUGUACCAGUACUUGGUGAAGAAGAAGUUCAGUUCUGUUUUUUGAAAUUGUGA